CCGGUCUGAAAUUUUGAUCCGAUUUCUGAAACCAUGGUGAGAGACCAUGACAGUGGCAUUGCAAGGAACAAGAAAGAGCAAUGGCAAGUCCUGAAAUAAAGGAGCAGUUUUGGAGGUCUCACUCAUUCGGCGGCACUAAUUAGCUCGGCAGUUCAACAACCACCUACCUGUUUAAUUGUUGAUGUUCAAGUUUUAACCCUUUUAGAUGGUCAUGGAUUUGAUGCAUGCCAAUCCGUUCCUUCUACUCCUCUGUUCCCUCCCCAGUUAAAAUUCCAAAAAUCCGUUCAGUUAGGCUCUUCUCUGUGGAGUCGUAGCUAACUUGAACAAAUCCCAUCUAACUGCAACAAACCAGAUUAGAUUAUUUCUGCCUUUCUGGGACCACCUUUUCUUUCUCAAUUCUUUCUUAUUUAAACCCCUUCUUCCGAACACAACCCCAUUUAAUUGCAGAUCCAGAUCCAGAAAGAGACGGUUCAGUAGUCACUACAGAUGGAGCUCUGUUUUGUUAUGGAGCAGCUCAAUGCUCAACCCAUUUGGGUUCUUCUCCUCUCUCUUCUGGGUUUCAUCUGUUUGUCGAAAUUCUCCUUCAUCCUUCUUCGGUGGGUUUACGUUUCUUUCCUCCGACCUGGUAAGAAUCUCGAGAAAUAUGGUUCGUGGGCUCUCGUGACGGCACCCACCGACGGUAUUGGAAAGGGUUUCGCCUUUCAAUUGGCUCGAAAGGGUCUCAACUUGGUCUUGGUGGGUCGCAAUCCUGACAAGUUGAAGGAUGUCUCGGAUGCUAUCAGGGCUAAGUUUGGGAACAUCAAGAUCAAGAAUGUGGUGGUUGAUUUCUCCGGUGACCUUUCUCAGGGGAUCCGGCGGAUUCAGGAAGCCAUCGAAGGACUAGAUGUUGGCAUUCUGAUAAACAAUGUCGGCGUUUCCUACCCCUACGCUAGGUUCUUCCAUGAGUUAGAUGAAGAGCUCUUAAAGAAUCUGGUUCAAAUCAACAUUGACGCCACCACCAAGGUUACGCAGGCACUUCUGCCGGGUAUGCUUAAGAGGAAGAAAGGCGCCAUCGUCAAUAUCGGGUCUGGCGCUGCCAUUAUCAUACCUUCUGAUCCUCUUUAUGCUGUUUAUGCUGCCACGAAAGCGUACAUCGAUCAGUUCUCAAGAUGCCUUUACGUUGAGUAUAAGAAUAGAGGAAUUGAUGUGCAGUGUCAGGUACCCUUAUACGUGGCGACAAAGAUGGCAUCGAUUAGAAAAUCUUCCUUCUUUGUACCAUCCACAGAUGGUUAUGCUCGAGCUGCUGUGCGCUGGAUAGGCUAUGAACCGCGUUGCACUCCCUAUUGGCCACAUUCUUUACUAUGGGGUUUACUCCACUUAGUGCCGGAUCCUCUUUUCGACUAUGGGCGACUUUCAUUUAACCUCAAGAUUCGGAAGAGGGGACAGCUUAAGGAUGCAAGGAAGAAGGCAUGAUUCUGUUUUGUUCUGGUUUGGUAGGGGUUGGAUGGGCUGUGGGGGUAUUACAAGAAGAGAAAAUGUGGUAAGAAGACAUUCAAUCCCCUAGGCAUGUAUUUAUUCAGUUUUGAGGGACCACAAGUGCUACUUGUACGAUCACACAUGAAGUGCAUCACAUAUGAGGGGGGAGUGUUGGAGAAUAAUCUUUCUUCGACCAUGUUUGGAACUUGUAUGACUUCAUAUGUCAAUUGAAUCUAUUCAUUUAAUAGCUCAA